CUGGAGGAGGGGACCCACAAUGCAAUAGGCAGGGAGACGUGGAGGCUGAUCCCACGGCUGCUGGCAUCGCUGCUGCGGUCAGAAACCCUCUAUUGUCAGCCCUGGGGGGGCCCGGCCCUGUAUGGGGGUACGAGGAGAGACCCAGCAGCAGCAGUGCUGGGUUAGGAGCCGCCUCCUGCUCGUUCUAGAGAGGGGGUGUCAUUUAAAGGGGGCGUCCUGCGCUGCUGGGGUUCAGGUGGGGAGCGGGGAGCUGCCCUUUGAUCCCUCAGCAGCAGCAGCGGGGCCAUGAGCUCUCAGGAUGAGCAGUUCCAAGCAGCAGCCCCUGAGUCAGCAUCUUCCUCCAGUGAUGAUGGCAUGACCUGGUGGUACAGGUGGCUCUGCAGGAUUGCCGGGGUCAUCGGGGGCGUGUCCUGUGCUGUCGCUGGUCUCUGGAACUGCAUUACCAUCAACCCACUGAACAUAGCAGCCGGCGUGUGGAUGAUGCUCAAUGCUUUCGUCCUGUUCCUGUGUGAGGCUCCAUUCUGCUGCCAGUUCAUCGAGUUUGCCAACGCCGUAUCUGCGAGGGCAGACAAGCUGCGUGCCUGGCAGAAAGCUGCUUUCUACUGCGGGAUGGCCGUGUUCCCUGUCGUGCUCAGCCUGACGCUCACCACGCUCUUUGGAAACGCCAUUGCGUUUGCGACUGGGGUGCUUUACGGCCUGUCAGCUCUUGGCAAGAAGGGAGAUGCCAUUUCCUAUGCUCGGAUCCACCAGCAGCAGAAGCAAAUGGAUGAAGAGAAGCUCACGGGGUGCCUGGAGGGACAGGCUCUGUGAAGUACAUGAACCCAGGGUGAUGUUUUGGACCCUGAGAUGGUGGUGAAGAUUUGGAAACCCACCCUGUCCUCCCUUUUGCCCACCCCCUCUCUGUCACUCCACGAUUUCCCUGGACACUACAGCAACAACUGGAGCUCUCAGGGCUGGGGUGGGCUGUGCCCCCCUCACACACCAGCAGUUGGACCUCAGUGCUUUGGCUGCUCCCUCCUCCUGCCCACUCAGAACCAAAUAUCUCACGAUCCUCCUUUUUCUUUCUUCCUUUCUUUCUUUUAUGUAUUUAUUUUUUAAUGGUAGAGGUGCUGGCCCUUUGAGUGCUGCUGUAUAAGCCUAAAUACGUAGCCUUUCUCUGUUUUAAUGCCUAUCACAUCUUGCUGAUGCUUGCACUUGGUGUUUUUCAUCAUGCAGGCUUUAAUAUGGGUCCAGUUAGGUCGGACAUUGGAGGCAUCUCUACACACUAAAGGACUUAACAGCAAAAAACCCCCAUGCAUCAAGAUACUGAUGCCUCCAGAGGAAAGAAGCAGUCUGCCCUUUCUCUGGCUACAGCUUCAGGCAGAUAAUGCAAUUUACUUGAAUUAUAAGCAUUAAUUACGUAGUCUUAAUAAGGGUACUUUGCUUCAGCUUCACUCUUUUAUUGGGGAAGAAGGGAAGCGAGGCUUUAAAAGGAUUGUGUUGCUUGAGGCUAAUGGAGGCUGUUUGCAGGUGGGAUGGUUGCUGAUGUGCAAAUGAGUCCUCCCUGAGCCCAGACAGACACUGCUCUGUUCUCUCACUUCCUGUGUCUGCUCCUGCAGUCUGUUCUGAGCCUGGGACCUGCCCUUGGCUUCUGUCUGUACAGCCUUUCUCAUUGGGCUCAUGUGUUUUUGCAUCAGUCCCAGGCUGCUUUUGUAUGGGAAAGAGGCAAAUCCUUGCUUUGCAAACAGGAAAAUCCCAUUUUGGUGGGGUGCUGCUUUAUUCCAUGCACCAUCAGCAGUGCUCCCUUUGGAUUCUAUUUGCUUUGUGUUAGGCAGAACAGAACUGCUCAUUGGGUCCAGAUCUCACUCAUCACGGUUUCUUCUGGGGGAUGGGAGAGGUUGGUGGUGGGGUUUAUUUAUUGUUUUUUUUUUUUUAUGUGAUUGCCUUCUGGUUUUACUUAGGAAAAGGGAGAAUAAUUUAUUUCUGCUUAUUUAAGUGUUUUGAUGAGUCUCAUCACAGUGCAUCAUCUCAUUCCAGGGGUCAAUGCAAAGCGUGCUGUCCUUUGAUCCCUUUGUCUGAUUGCAGUGACAGGAGAUGGCUCUCCCUGCUGGGCCUGGUGCUCAGUGGAGGCAGGCAGGAGCUUCAUCCCUAUACUUGCUGCCUGCUGGCACCUCAGGGUCCCCUUUGUGUUAUUGGGGUGUAGGGGGAUGUUGUCACGCUGCAGUUUGGUUGAGCUGCUGCUGGAGGGCACUGGUGCAUGUGGGCAUUGUAGCAGGAGCUGCACUGUCUCUGUAGGCUGGGGGGGAUUAAGCUGUCAGCGAGUGCUCCUUGUUGGUUCUUUUCUGGAGUUCAAGGAGGUGUGAAGAUUUGCACCAGGCAGGAAUCUGGUGUGGGUUGAUUUGCACGCACAGGACCUUGCAGCUGGAUGUUGGGCAGCCGCUUUGUGCUAAGCCCUUUCCCCCCCUGGGCCUCUGUGCUGUAGUUGCUCUGACACCAGCUUGUCUGGGGCACAGACCUGCCAGCCCAGAUGCAAUGUGGUUUAAUAGAAGUUUUGCUGUUUUAGAGCCCCCCCCAGCUCUGGGCUGGUCCUUUGGCUGCAUGCAGCAUGUGGGACGUUGGCUUUCUAUGUGUGUGCAGGGGCUGCAACCUGUUGCACAGGGCGUGCUGCCUUUGCUCUGUGUGGGGAGAGUGCAGGGAUCCCUGUUAGCAGCCAAGGCCUCUGUGCUCCUUGCAUCCCUGUGCAGCAUCAUGGAGUGGUUGCAGAGCAGCACCCUGCCCAAUGAGCAGGUUUGAUUUCAGGGGGUUUUCAGUAGUUUAAUGGCAUUUAGUAGAGGAACCUUGCAGACGGAGGCGGCAAUAUCAGGGUGAGCACGUCUGCAGUGGGUGGCCUCUCCUCAGUGUGGGUGAGAGCCUGUUUUUGUGGCAAUAGGAAGACUUUUAGAGUAGUAGUAUCACAGUAGUUAAUGUGCUCAUUCACAGUGCAUGGUGGUUAUUAGUUGUGUUUAGAGGCACCAGCUUGGAGCUGUGCAAGAAUAAAGGAAGUGGAAAAAACCCCACUGCAGUGAUUUGAUGGGCUGAGCUCAGUCCCAGGAUGGUUGGUGCAUCUAAGGGGCAUCAGAGAGGCCUUUGAGGGGUGGAUGGGACACUCUUUGUUCCAGGAGACCUCAGGAGCAGGUGAUACAUUGCCUGCAGUGAGUAUGGAAAGACACCUGGGUACUGGCAGUAAAUGUGCACUUGGAAAUGGACUGUUAGACCGUUCCUGGCUGAGCUGUGAACUCCUCUUACCAAGCACAUUUAUACAGCGUGCAACUGCUCCGUGCCCCAUUUGGUCACAAAAAAUGCUGCACUUGUACAUAUGUGCUCCUGGUUCCCCAGGGUCUCUCUGCUGGGCAUGCAAAGAGCAGAACCUCUCGUUCUGCUGUAUGCCCACACCUUGCUGCUCUAAGCAGCAGCUGAUUUUGGAACAGCAAAUUGAUCCUCUAUGUGUGUGCAGUGAAUAAAAAGACCGUUCUACCUCUGGAAAGAGCCACUGUGAUUUCUCACUCUAAAUGCAGCAAAACCCCUCAGGCUUUCUCUAUGGAAGAAAGAAGGUCACUCAGCAAAUACUUCUCUCGAGGCCUGGAGAGCCCAACUUCAAUUCAUAUUUGGGCAUUUCCUCCUUUGGCCCUGGGAAGCUCAAUUCAUCUUUGUCAUUAUUUUUUCUUUCUCCUCAGGAAAAAAAACAUCCACUGUCUGCAGGGAAAGGUUUCAUUGAAGUGAGGAUAUCGAGAGCUGGUCCAUAGCCAUGUGAGGAGGAGAAUGCUGUAGGACAGGGCUGCCAGAGAGCCUGAUCUGCUGUAGGUCAAUGGAAACCAGAGGCUCUUGAGACCUCAGGCCAUGCUUACGAAUGGUCAUGCUUCAGCCAGGUCUGGACAUCUUACUGGAAAUGGGUCUCAGCUGCAAAGGUUGAGUUUAAUACUGAAAAUUCUGUGUUUUGAUUUUUGGCCCAUCUCUCUUCUUCAGUCCUUGGCUGCUUUAAAUUAGUCCUCUGAUAAAGCACAGAGCAUCUCACUUAGAUGAGAUGCACCUCCUGCUGCAGGGGAUCUAAAGGUAGUUAGGAAUAUCUGACAUCUUAGUUACAUACUCUGCACUGCCUCCUGAUUCCUUGGCAGGAAUGGGAGGACAUGAGCUUGUCCACAACUCUCUGCUUGCCCCAUGCAUUUCAGCAGGCUGACAAGUGCUUGGGCACAUCAUCUCCAGGCUCAGGGCAUGUUGUUAUGUCGUUCUGACCCUCUCUGGGGAGACUCAGGUCAGGCAAUUCCUCACAGCCAUAACCACCUCCUGCACUGUGCUUUACUUAAAAUAAGACCUUAACCACGCAGGACAUUAGGAAAUGGGUAAGAGCAAUUUGCUACUAACUAUGCAGCUGAAAUCUCUAAGUGAUGGAGGUGGAGGCUCUACACACAGCUGUGAUGGAGGCACAUCCACCUUCCUUCUUUGUAAGAUCCUGGGGAGGGAAUGACCUGCCCCACUACAAAGCAUUGUCUGUACUGACUGUGUCUUUCCUGCAGGGAAUCACUUGCACUACAGCUGAAUGUCUGUCUGUUCCCGGUCUUUGUGUUUGGUCCUGAGUUUUCUUUGUGAACUGUGGUUGCUCUUGUUCAUUAGGCUUCUAGUGUAACGUGUUUUUAGAGCAAUAAAACGUGACCGCUUUUUAUACGAA